AGUUGUUGUCCAUGUGUGGCCCUGCGAUGGACUGGCGACCUGUCCAGGGUGUACCCUGCCUUUCGCCUGAUGUCAGCUGGGAUUGGCUCCAGCCCCCAUGCAGGAUAAGCGGUUGACGAUGGCUGAUUAAAGUUGACUAUGGUGUGCCAAAAUGUAAUAUCAAUUGCUCAGAUAAGGUUGUGUGUAAAGCUCCUUUUUUUGAAAGGAUGUAGCUUAUUAAAAUAAACAUGAGAGUAGCUUCUUAUUGUAAAUAAUGAAAGUGCUGCAUGGGUGUAAAAAAAUUGUAAAGAUAACUGACUUUUCAGAAACACCAUUUAUAAAAAGCUGUAAAUACUGUAAUACAGAGUAAAAAAUUAUCUGCAAAAAAGAAACAAGAGCAAAGAACAAAUUAUUUUGUCUAAAAAAAAAAAAAUCCACAACUAAGGCAAAAGGAUUAAAACUUUAUGUAGGCCUAUAUCAUUGUUGUGCACUUUUGGAUUGUUUGUUUUGCAUCUACAUUUCCUCAGAACUGUGAUUGGAUUUAUGUUCAUGAAAUGCACACAAUCAUUGAUUAGCCACUUGUAUGUCCAACCUAAUUAGAUUAUUAUGAUUAAGUAAUCAUAGUGCAACCAGUUUUAAUAGCUGAUAUAUUUACAACCUAACUAGUCUCUAGUUUCAACUUUACACCCUAAAUUAGGAGAGAACAUACAUAUCUGGUACAACCCAGUGUAGUUACUUGGAAUGCUGUUGGCUAUUGUCAACACAUUGUCACGGAUUUGUGUGGUGAAGCAGGUUGGAGGACCCAAAUGCAGGACGCAAGGCAAAGGAGGUACAGUUCAAGGGGUUUUAAUAAACAAAGAAAGGCGAGCACACUUACAAACUGAGUGGCUGAUGACCAAAAACAAAGGUUGUCCAACAGAAAUUCAAUAACGAGCAGGGAAACACGACAAGUGAGGCUGAUGACACGAGAACACACUGCAACACAGGGUAACAACAUGCAAUGACCCAACAUUCACUGGGGUAACAGACAUGACAAGGGUUACCGAACACUAGACAACAGACAAAACAGACCCCCAAAACCCAACAGACUAAAAUAACGCUAACUAAACACAAAAGUGCAAAACACGGCAUGGCAGACAGGCAGAUUGUGACACACAUAAGCAGACAGCUAGUGUCUGUAAGCUAUUCUUCUGUUUAUGUAAGUUUUUAAUAUUUCACAUUUGCUUUGGCAAUGUAAACGUCUGUUUAGCAUAGCAUAAAGCCCAACUGAAUUGAACUGGAAUAGUAACUAGCUUGGUUUGGCUGUUUGCGGAGUAAAGAAAAGAUGGCUGUUGUGUGUACUUGUUCGUGUUCUGAAACAAGAAAACAUAGGAGGCAACUGUUUUUUCCCCAUUAGUUACUUAGGUGGAAAAUGUGCCUCAGUCAACAGUUUUAUAUUCGUGUGACAAACUGGAGGAAAGUGUAGACAACAGGAAACAGCAAAAAAGCUAGAUUUCCCCCCUUCAUCUACUUAAGCAUUGUAGUGUCAAGCUCAUAGGUCAAGCUGGAGGAGGAUUUGAAUAAAUUAUGUGUGAUCGCACUGGCAUCAACAUAACUUAGUGUGUGAGCUGAGUGAAACAAAUAUUACUAAUUACACUCUUAAACUGCAUUUUUGGUUAGAGUGACCAGUGUCACAUUAGGUGUGUGUGACUGCUUCAUGCCUCUGCAUAUGAUUUUGUGUCAUGUAUGGUUUACAUAGGGAACAGAUAACUUUUUCCCUCGUGGGAACUUGUUGACAACCCACAAACACCAACAUGACAGUGACUGUUCAGAGAAGUUCCUCUUUUAACCUUCACAGUCCUCCUUCACACACUUCCCACUCCUGCUUUUCCUUAAACUCAUAAUUUCACAGAGAGAAUGAAGUUCAUCACAGAUAAUAUUAUAACUCCUAUCAGGAGCAGAACAAGAUCUUGCAGACAGGCUCUAAAAUCUGUCCUGCUUUAUCUCUGGGAUGUUUACUCUGCACCUACAACUGUUGGCAGAGAUGUCCUGACUCUACUGUCUCUCUGUUUCAUGCUCUCAAUCAUCACUGGUGGACUGCUUCAUCACUGGCUGUCAAAUAUUCUGAAAUACAACCACCAAGCGUCUGUUCAGACCACCUGCAUCUACAGCGUUGCUAUGUUUCUUGUCUCGUUCCUGUGUCAUCCUCUGCGCUGUGUGCUGACCAUGAUUCUGCCCACAGUCUGCACCAAACAGGGACGUAAACUCCUCAUCUCAGCCUCUGUCAUGAUUUUAGUUUUGAACGUCGUCCCUAAUAUUACCGUUAACGUAGGGGUCGUCGCACGCAUCCUGAAGUGCACCGCUGAGGGCUUCACAAAGACUUUAUUAAACUCAUCCGAACCUUUGAACCAAGCAAAGCGAGACCUUGUUGAGGAAACCAUCAAAGUCAAGAGGGAAGACUUGAGCAUUGUCACUAACUUGAGGAAAUUAGAUCAUUUCACACAUGUUGAUGUGUCAGAAGUCAAAAGCAGAUUUACUAAGAUGAUUGGGCAGAUAGAGGUCAACUUUUCACAUGCCAGGAAUCUGCUAAAAGAAUAUAAACUGCUGUCAAACCGAAUCCUUGCUGCCAUUUUUGUUGCUUUACUAAUCUUUGAAUCUGCACGCUACUUGAAAUCUUAUCUGACAUCAGUCAAGUUUGAUAAUGGCUAUGUCUCCAAAGAGUGCCUCCAAAAAGCAACUCAUGCUGGUAACAAAAGGCUAGCUAAAAAUAAAACCUAUCCCACAAGCUGCAAAAUAACAAGUCAGGAAUGUGCCUCCAGUUUCAUAGCACUAGUUGUAGUAACAUUAUAUUUCAUUGCAAUAGCUUUAAUAGUAGCUUUGGAUCAUGUUGUGUAUCAUGUCGUUCAGGUGAUUGUGCCGUGGCUACUGGACUUCCCACCGACAUCUGCCAGCAUUAGUGUCAGUUAUAAGGUCCAGUGGUUCCCCCCUGCUUUUUGUAUUAUCCCACAAUCCUGUGUCACACGGGAGCUCACAAACUUCCACAGGGAUUACAAGUGGACCUUCAACCCCGAGCCAUCGCUCUGUGAUGUGACAACUUCAAGCCCGAACCUGGGAGUCACACUCUUGCUGGGAUGUCUCUGGCUGAUGAGCUACACUCUGGUGUUCCUCGAGGUGUACGCCAGACGGCUGCGCAGGAAAAUCUCUGCAUCCUUUUUCAGAAAGCAAGAGGAGAGGAGGAUGGCUUACUUGAUUAAGAAAAUUCAAGAGAAGCAGACUAAAAAAAGAGCCCUUUUCCGUUGAGUUAUCCCGUUGGUGAACUUUCACUGUUGUUUCACAAUGCUUGUCUUAGUUUUCUGUUGAUGUUUUUAGCCAUGCUAGCAGAGUGGCUGUAAGGAUUGCAAUGAUGGUCUGUUCAGACAGACAGAAAUAUUUCAACAACUGUUAAGUUGGAUUGCCUUGAAAGGUUGUACAGACAUUUAUGGUGCCUGGAGGAUGAACUCUACUGACUUUGUUGAUCCCCUGACUUUCCCUCUAGGGCCAUCAUGAGUUUCACAUUUAGGUUGUUAGGGAAAUCUUUCAACAAAUUUUGUAUGAAUUGCCAUGAAGUAUUCACAUUGCACUCAGGAUGAAAUGUACUAACUUCAGUUUUAUUAAUCAGGUGAAAAUGUUUAUUGUUAAUUAUUCAAUAGCCUACUUUAUUAGUGGUUAGUUUAUGACCAAAUACCUGCAAAACCAAUCACAUUUCCUUCAGUUGUACUUUGUGUUUAGUGCUGAUCAGCAAAUGUUUGCAUGCUAACACGCUAAAAUAAGAUGGUGAACAUGGUCAAGAUUCUGCAAGUACAGCCUCACAGGGCUGCUACAGCAUGGCUGAAGAGUCUCAGGCUUGUUUUUGUGUUCAGGUUUGCAUCGUAUCAAUCAGUGUGCUUGUGCUGAGUUCCUGUUUUAGCAAAACAUAAGCUGAAGACAGAGCAUCCUGUGUAUGAGUUACUGUAACAAGACCUUUUCCUGCACAAGCGUGUCACCACUCGAGAUCAUCCUCUUCACACUUAAAGCUGAUGUGGUUUUAAAGACGUACCAUCAAACAUGCUCAAUCUGCACCCACUCUGUAUGUUUGACAGGGAAAAAAAAGGUGUUUUUUUCACACAAAGGUCACAAAGCAAGUGUGUAUAUUUUUUUGUGUCUACAAUAUUGUUUUUCCUCCCUUGUGUGGUUCAGUAUAAAUGUGUCAUUUCUUGUGGGGCGGAUUUUACCCCUCAGCCCCACUAGAUGCCACUAUGAGGCUUUGGACAGAUGCGGACAGAGAAUAAUGAAGUCAGGAAAUGAACAGAAGUAGAUUGGAUCUUUUUUGAAUAUUGUAUUGGCCUAGAUAACUUUAAUAGAUUAAAUAAAUCUGUUUCAUACACACAUCCACAUAAUAAGUGUGCCCUUACAAAAAAAAAUAAAAAAAUCACUUCUGUUUUCUGAAAAAGUCCUUUGCAUGUCAUCAGUACACUCCUACCAAAACACUCCCAUGAGGCUUCGGGAGUUUAUAUUAAGACAUCAUCCGAGAAUAAUAAUAGAAUACCUCAUUAUCAUCUAUUUAUAACCGUGACUUUUUGUCCACUUCAUGAUUGUCUCAAAAUUCAGCAGCCUGUGUAAAGAUGAUGCCUUAUAGUUGGUCCAGAAAAGAUGAAUUAUUCAUAUUUUCUGUUACUUUGAAUUCUCUGCUGCUUACUCUGUGUGUGUGUGUGUGUGUGUGUGUGUGUGUGUGUGUGUGUGUGUGUGUGU